AUGUGGCUGGUAUGGAUUUGGGAGAUGUACGAUAGCUAUUACGGCAGAGGGAGUGAGGCAACUGAUAGCGUGGGGGCAGGGUGGAUCGGCGGAAUUAUUAACCAAGAUGACGCAUAUUACGAGAAUUUGGCCAAACAUCUGAACGGGUUCAUGUUCCAGGAGGUGCCAACUCUAUCACCAGCUCCAGUGGGUACGGAAGCAGCUGGUGCCAAGAUAUUCCAACUUGUGUUGGAGGCAAACGCAAGGGGCGUGUAUCUACCACUCUGGGGCACUCGCGAAGGAUUCCAGAUGAUCGCUUACCUCGCAGCUGGAGAGCAAAACUUGACCACCCCUUGCAGUGCCAUCAACAAGGCUGACAGUGUCACAGUCGCAGAAGGUUACAUGGACUCCCGCAUCUUCACGCAAAUGCCAGACUACGUGAUCGGUUAUCUCACGUUCAGCGACUCGACUGUCAAUUUCCACAGGAAGUGCAUGACUCCAGAGAACUUCACCAACUCCGGCCUCACGGACGAGUUCAAACUCCUUGGCACGAGCUUCGACUUCGACGGCCUCGAAUACGUGUCCCUGAUCGAACACGUCGCCCUCCCCAUCUUCGGCUCGCAGUUCCACCCCGAGAAGAGCCAGUUCGAGUGGAAGGACGACGAGGUCCACAGCGCCAUCCCCCACACGCCCCAGGCAAUAGGCGUAGGGCAGUUCUUCCCGCUAAUUUUCUUCUGCUAAUCAAGCUCGCCAGAACAGCCAGAAGUUCCCGACCAAAGAAGAGGAAACAGCUGCUCUCAUCUACAACCACAAACCUUUCUUCACCCAAGCAACCUCUGGCUUCGUGCAGUGCUAUCUCUUCCGCUGACCACCGGAAGACAACACUGUGAAGAUGAUAUCAAGGGAUAGUAAGAUGGCAAGAUCGGAACAGAUAGCCUUGACUUUUAUUUUCUAUUUUUUCUUUUUUGGGAGGAGGAUGUUUUACAAAAUGGAAAGGAGAGCCCUGCCUCGUGCUUUGUCGGAAGUUAUUAUAUUUUUUUCAGCAAU